AAUUUUCACGUUAUUUUUUAAAUCCUAAUAUAGCGACUAAUAAUUACCUCACCCUGCUGCUCUUUCUCUCUCCAACUACGACCACCUCCACCACCACGACCGCCACGUCCAGAAGCAGCACAACGACGUCGUUUGCCACGAGGAAGAUCCACUUUCCGCGUUCGCUUCGUCUCGGUUUGUAUUCAGAAUCCGAUUCCACUCUCUCCGCGUAAGCGCAAUUCGAUCUCUCUCGUUUUCUCGAAUCCAAAGUUUCUCGCAUUUUCUCGGUGCGAGUUAAUGGUAUGUUCCUCUUUCUUCUCCUGAGAAACGAACAGAAUAUUCAUUUCUCUGUUAAAUUUAUGCAUCGGAUUUAGGGCUUCUGGUCAGGAACUGCGAAUAUCAAGGGCUUCACACUAGACAUUUGAAUUGAAUUGCGGAAGAGUUGUGGAUUGCUUUUGGUGGGCGAAAUUAGGGUUUUCCAUGAAGGUUUAGGGGAUUUCUAGGGUUUAUAUCGGAUCAGUGGAAUGCUAGAUUGGAUGAUUUGGUUGUGGUUAGCGUGAUGACGGAUUGAGCAAUGGUGCGGCUUCUGGGACUGACUCGCGGAGAAUCGGAUGAGUCGCCUCGCGAGAUCACCUCGCGGACCAACCGGGCGAGUGAGUCCGGCGAGAACGGGUGGCUCAUUCGGUUCUUCGACUCGGCGUUCUUCUGUGAGUGGAUCGCCGUUAGCUAUUUGUACAAGCAUGAUCACCCUGGGGUACGAGACUACCUCUGUAAUCGGAUGUACACUCUACCCUUACCGGGUGUGGAGAGCUAUUUGUUUCAAAUUUGUUAUAUGAUGGUGCACAAGCCGAGCCCGUCUUUGGACAAGUUUGUCAUUGAUAUAUGCUCCCUAUCGUUGAAGAUUGCUCUGAAGGUGCAUUGGUUUUUAAUGGCGGAGAUUGAGGAUUCGGAUGAUAAUGAAGGGAUUAGUAGGAUACAAGAGAAGUGCCAGAUUGCAGCGACGUUGAUGGGUGAGUGGCCUCCUCUGAUACGGCCUCAAAUUGUGUCAUCAAGCCCUGGAAGCAAGAACCAGGUUUUGAAUAGGUUACUGUCAUCGAAACAAAGGCUGUUGUCCCUAACAUCGUCACCGCCCACUUCGAAGACUCUAUCGUUCUCGCCUUCAUCGGGAAACAAUUUGCAAGAGGAUGGUAAUCAGUUAUCUUCAGAGGAGAACAAUAUUUUAAAGAAGUUCAUUCCAAGUCCGAAGGUUCGAGAUGCGUUCCUAUUCAGGAAGUCUGCAGAAAAAGAUGAUGAUGAGUCGGAGAAGGAUGGGUUCUUUAAGAGGUUUUUGAGGGACAGUAGAAGUGAGGAUGAGGCAGGUUCAAAGGUUCGAGAUAUGUUGCUUUUCAGGAAGUCGGCGGAGAAAGAAGAUGAUGAUUCUGAGAAGGAUGGGUUUUUUAAGAGGCUUUUGAAGGACAGUAGAGGUGAGGAUGAGGAGUUGACGUCGAGCUCAGAUGGGUUUUUUAAGAAGUUGUUUCGGGAUAGCAAGAGUGACUCUGACGAUAAAUCGAUUUCUAAAUCAGUGGAAGAUGAUGAAAAGGAAGGCUUCUUUCGUAAGUUUUUCAAAGAAAAGUUUGAGGACAAGAAGGAUGGGAAUGAUGGGAAGGGAGAUGAAGAUAUUGGCAACUCGGAAGAAAAAUGUUCUAAAUCUGUUGAAGAUGAUGAAAAAGAGGGGUUCUUCCGGAAAUUAUUUAAAGAUAAGGACAAGAAAGAUGAAGAUACGGUGAACUCGGAAGAGAAAAGUUCAAAACAUGCUGAAGAUGAUGAAAAAGAGGGAUUCUUUAGGAAAUUAUUUAAAGAUAAGCAUGAGGACAAGAAAGAUGCAAAUGAUAAAGCUGAUGAGGGGAGUGCCAAUGCUGAAGAAGAAGAGCCUUCCGACUUUUCAUUGUUCCGAAGAUUGUUUCGUGUGCACCCUGAAGAUUCCAAAAGUACUGUCGCUAAUGAAAUCAGCAAUGGUGGUAGCUUGUUUGAAAGUAGUCCAGGAACUGAAAGUUUUUUUCGCAAAUUGUUUAGGGAUCGAGACCGUUCAGUUGAAGACUCAGAGCUGUUUGGUUCAAAGAAAUACAAAGAGAAGCAUCCUGGUUCCCCAAAGCAGCGGAGCGAAAAGUCAGAUGCAAAACCCCCACUUCCAAAUAAUACUGUAUCACAGUCCCGAAAAGGGGCUUAUCACGAGUCAUUGGAGUUUGUGCAGUCAUUAUGUGAGACAUCAUAUGGCUUGGUUGAUGUAUUUCCAGUUGAAGAUCGAAAAAGUGCUCUUUGUGAGUCUCUCGCAGAGCUCAAUUUGCAUGUAGCUGAGGCUCAAAAUAGUGGAGGAGUUUGCUUCCCAAUGGGAAAGGGGAUGUAUCGUGUGAUUCAUAUACCUGAGGAUGAAGCCAUUCUUUUGAAUUCAAGGGAAAAGGCACCUUAUCUGAUCUGUGUUGAAGUUUUGAAAAGUGAAAUGCCAAGCAAUGCAAAGGACACAUCUGGUGUGCAAAAGCUUUCUAGAGCAGGAAUUCCUCUGGCAAAUGGAGAUGCAUUAUUGCAAAAGCCCCCUCCUUGGGCUUAUCCAUUGUGGACUGCCCAGGAGGUUUAUCGUAAUAGUAAUGAUAGAAUGUCAAGGUCAACUGCCCAAGCAAUUGAUCAAGCAAUGACACAUGUUUCAGAGGCGAAAAAAAAGUUUGUUAAUGUGAGUCUUUCUGUAGAGAAUCGAUUGCCUAUCCAGUCGGAGAGCACUGAACACAGUUGCAACGAUUGUGCUAGUCUGCAGUCUACUUCAGCUUCUGCAGGUGUUGUGUCCAGGAAUUAUCAAUGUGGUGAAUGUGUGACUCACACAUCAAGAGCAGCACAUAGUAGUGAUUUGGAGUGGGUAAGGGUAGUGCUGGCAGCAGAUCCGGGGAUUAGAAUGGAAGACAUUGAGGAUCAAGGGCCACCACGUCGGAAGGAACACCGUCGGGUUCCAAGUACAGUAGCUAUAGAGGCAGUAAAGGCUGCUGCAGCGAAAGGAGAAGCACCUCCUGGGCUCCCUCUGAAAGGAGCUGGUCAAGAGUCAUCAGAUGCACAACCAAGGGUUAGUGGUAGUUCUCCCAAGGCCAGUGAUGCCUUAUCCGGCGAACAUUGGGAGGUAAAGAAAGAAAGGAUACGUAAAGCUUCAGUGCAUGGAAAUUUACCUGGUUGGGAUAUGCGCUCAGUUAUUGUCAAGAGUGGUGAUGAUUGUAGGCAAGAGCAUCUUGCUGUGCAACUUAUUUCUCACUUUUAUGAUAUAUUUCAAGAAGCUGGUCUCCCUCUCUGGUUGCGGCCUUAUGAAGUUCUAGUUACUUCUUCUUACACAGCUCUGAUCGAAACAAUUCCAGAUACGGCGUCACUUCAUUCUAUAAAAAGUAGAUAUCCCAACAUAACAAGUUUACGUGAAUUCUUCAUUGCCAAGUAUGAAGAAAAUUCUCCAAGUUUUAAGCUUGCCCAGAGAAAUUUCGUUGAAAGUAUGGCUGGAUAUUCCCUUGUGUGUUACCUUCUCCAGGUGAAAGAUCGGCACAAUGGGAACCUCUUAUUGGAUGAAGAAGGUCAUAUCAUACAUAUUGAUUUUGGCUUCAUGCUCUCCAAUUCACCUGGUGGCGUCAAUUUUGAGAGUGCACCUUUCAAAUUAACCCGCGAACUUCUUGAAGUUAUGGAUUCUGAUGCCGAGGGAGUUCCAAGCGAGUUCUUUGAUUAUUUUAAGGUUUUAUGCAUUCAAGGCUUUCUUACAUGUCGUAAGCAUGCUGAGCGCAUUAUUCUUCUUGUUGAAAUGUUGCAGGACUCCGGUUUCCCUUGCUUUAAAGGUGGUCCACGGACAAUACAGAACCUAAGAAAACGAUUCCAUUUAAGUUUAACGGAAGAGCAAUGUGUGUCCUUGGUGCUAUCCCUAAUAAGCAGCAGCUUAGAUGCAUGGCGGACACGGCAGUAUGAUUAUUAUCAGAGGGUUUUGAAUGGAAUAUUGUGAAAAGGAAAUCUUAUCAGUUACAUGGUUGUUUCCAUUUGACAAAGCCAGCCCAGUUUAUGCACUUCCAUUAAAUUGCACGUCACUGUGUGAUGUCAGGGCAUUUGGUUCAUUGUGGGAUGGCUUGAGAGUUUUCUUGGCUUGAGAGUUUCUGGCCUGUGUUUUUUUUUUCUUGGUGUGAGGAAUUUGUAACUGUAUCGGCAGAUUAGCAGGCACAUUUUACCUCAGCAGGGUUAUUCUUUUUCACUAUUCUUUUUUCCCCUUGUUUCAUGUAAUAUGAGACUGCUGGCAGCUUGGUUUGAGGAGAUACAUAGCCAUCCUAACCAUCAUUGGGGGAGCACACACUGUACAGAGUAACUCCAAUGGAAAGGACUCGGACAUGAAAAUAGCUACAGAGACCAUGUUUGCCGGGUGCAAUUGUGAUUGCUACGUAUUUCGCCUCGGUUAGUGAUCCGAAGCAUUCAGCUCGUUGUGGUUCUUUACAUCUUUUGUUUCCGUCUGAAACCGAUAUAUUCUUCAGAUAAAGCCAUGAACAAGAUUCAGCAUUGAAAUGCAGCCUGCUGUUCCUUUCUGGUCUCUGCUAUUUGCUAGCAUGUCUUCACGGAGUUAUGAUUCUUGGAUACUUUGGUCAUAAAGUCCUGUUAGAAAAACUAUUGGAAACCAGUAUAUGAUUGUAUCAUGUGUAAUUGAUUCAA